ACACGAAAUACUACUUUUAUGUGAAAUUGUACUAUUUAUGUUUGAAGAUGAAGAUGAUAUAAAGACUUAGCUUGACUUCGAACAAGCUGUGUAACUUGAAGAAUAGAAAAAUAAAAAUGAAGACUUAGCUGUAUGGACUUUUGACCCCUUUGCCUGUCCAGAUGGACGAUCAGAACAAAAAAAAAAUGUCUAUGGUUUUGUGGUGGUGAUUGUGUGACCGUUAUAAUAUUGUGUUUAUAAAAUUAAAUUACCUAUUGAUUUAAAAGGAAAUUUACAAGCAAAGCAUUGUAAAAUUUAUUUGUAUGGCAUUAAGGCCUCCCUAAACUAAUAGUGAUAAUAGUAAUAUAUGUCAAGCUCUAAAAUUGAAAAAUGUCUGAUAUUGAUGAAGACUUUCAACCAAACAAUACUCGAAUGCAUCGAGAGUAUAGUGCGAUAAUAAACGCGAAAGGCUAUGGUAUUAACUUGAAUAAUUUAAGUUAUCGUAAUAAAUUCAUGAACGCAACUGGCAUGAUGAAUGGAGAUAGUCAAAACAGUUUUAGAAGAAGAGAAUCGUCGCCUGUGUCCAUGAGAAGUGAUUUUGGAAGCAGGCCAUAUUAUAAUAAUUCUUACCAUUCUCGGUAUUUAAGUUCUCAGAGAUCUGUGCAGAAUGGGCCUAGUGGAUCUAUUGCUGGUCAAAGUUUCAACACAACUUCAAGUAUUAGUGCUAGGGAGAUAGUUAAUGCAUUAACUUAUGAGAAUUUCAAUAUACAUGAAUUAAAAAUGAUAAAGGAGGCCUUUAGCAAAAAAAUGCGGAAGACGGGAAGAAAACGAAUUGAAAGGCGGAAGAAAAUGAAUAUGUUGAUAAGAACAUUAAAAAAUAAAUGUGGGUACGAUUCAGGAGAGUUAGGAAGUGAUUCAUCCUUAAGCAGUGAUGAAGGUAAAUCAGUGAUGUCUGCAGUCGGUUAUAUGAAAAAUGAUGUCCAAAUAAAACAAAGACAAAAAUGUGAUGCAUUACGGUCAACAAUUAGGAACAGUGGACUAUACAAUGAUUGUACUGAUUCUCUGAAAAAUAACUCAUUCAGAAAUACAAUUCAACACAUAGAUAAUUCUGAUGAACAUUCCACACAGAAUAGACACAGAGUUUCAGAAGGUGAUGUAAAUCGAUCCAAAUCACUGACAAUAUUGAAAGAAAGAUUCAACAAAGGAUUUCAAUUACCUGUGCAAAGAUUUCAAAAUUCAUCUACUAUAUGGGAGAAAGAUUACAAUAAAUCUUUUCAAAAAAAAAAUAAGCUCUCAGCAAAUAGUAAUAAUUUUGAAGGUGAGGAUGAGCAGAUAUUUCCAAAUAUAAGUUAUAAAAAUAAUUACAAUGAAAAGAGUAAUCUUAAUGAGAAUUAUAGCAUACCAGAAAAUAAGAGAACCAAAAUAGAUUCAUCCAAUAAUAAUCAACUGGAUGAGAUUGCUCAUAUAUUCAAAAAACCAAAAAUGCUAGAGAAGAGCUUGAAACAGUCAAAUGGCAAGGGCACUGUUAAAGAAGUUUUAAUUUCUAAAUCAAAUGGACCGCUAAAUGGCAUUUCACUUAGAAGUAGUUGUCAGACAAGCAAUCUUCAAAAUCAAUCAUUCACAGAUGAUUUAGUAGAUACUGAAAAUCAUAAGGAAAAUGAAACUAGUGUAUCAAUGAAGCCAAGUUUUAUGAGAAGAAAAUUAUUUACACAUAAACUUGACAAUCUUGAUAAACAAAAUCCUAUUGAUUUGCCAUCACCAAGUCCAAACAACAAAAAAGUAAUAGGAAAAAAUAAAACACGAAAGCUGGUUAGCUCUCAGUCUUGUUUAAGUCGGGAUCCUGAAAAUGAUAGCAAUGUCAUGGACUUGAUAAAUAAAAUUGUUACACCAGAAGAAAUCAAUUCAACAGUAAACAAAACAAAUAUUAAUUAUAAUAAUAUGUUAACUAAUGAUGACAAACUGGAUGUGAUGUCAGUCAUAUCUGUCUGUAAGAGUGGUGCAGAAAGUGAUACUUUCACUGAUGAAGAAAUAUUUGCAACCCAAAAAACCAGUCAUAACGAAAAAACUAAAGAGAUAAGAAAAAUAAAUACUGAAUGUUCUGUUGUUAUAGAGAAGUUCAGUGAAACUAAUGAAGCUGCAGCUAAAAAAUUGGAUAAGCCUGUUGUAUAUUUUGAGAGUCAAUCAAAUCACAACCAAAGGACAGUUACUGACUGUGUAAAAAAUUUCUGGGAUACAGACUUAGAAAGUGACAUGGAAACUCAAGGUGACCCAAGAUGGAAGACCAAAGUAGUAUCAGGACAAGCGCCAAUGAAAGAUGCAGGAAAUAACACAAUGAAAUUACAUGCAAACAAUGUUAAAGAAAUAGGAGAAAUACUAACAGUACGAGGCUCACAAAAUGCCAAUAGAGGAACCAAUAAAGCAACUGAUUUAGAUUCAGCGAAUAAAGAAAACAUAUUGGUGUCGGACGCCACAAAUAAACCGAUAAGAAACAUUCCGUCGCAGGUUGCCGCGUCUUCGAAAAUAACAACAAGAAGCUCAUCCAGAAAUGUGACACAGACAAAAUGUUUGAAUUCGAAAGAAACUACUACAAAUUCAAGUUGCAAGAGAAAUUCAUUUCCCCGAGGCUGUAAAAAGCUGCACUGCUCUUUGUGUACCAGCACAAUAACAACCUGCUCAAUAAAUAAUAGUAUGACUACCAUAGCGCCCUCAAAAGCACUAAAUGAUUCAAGGGAUUGCUCGAAAAUUGUAAAAAAAAAUAAAAAAGCAAAAAAUACGUCGAACCUCAUACAAAGAAAAAACCAAAGUGCCGAUGAUUUAAAUAUUUCAAUAAAAAGUUUAAGGUCAUAUCAAAGAUUAAUGAGUACGUCGAAGUAAGAAUAUAAUAAAGAAAAAUAUAAACCUGCCUAGGUUUAUCUGAUGUCAUAACGAAACUCACACGCCACACAAUUCCUUUUACAUAUUAUUUAAAACAAUAUUUUUUUUUUAUUGUUUUGUAGUUUAAACAUUCUCUUUGUAUCUUCCUGGAUUAACGCGAGUUGCACACAUUAAAUACUAAUAAAAGACUAAGGGUAUUUUCCGAUAUGCACAGUGACCACUGCACAGUGCUAUCACUUUAGAAAAAUUCGUUCCGUUAUGGACUGCAAGUAUACUGCCGCAGUACCCCGCAGUACAGUAGGAAAUAUAUGACGUCAUAAAUCGCCGCCAUAUUCUACUGUAAGCACUGGCGUUUUCGAGGUAAGUUACUCGCAGUACCACUCGAGUGCCUAAAAUAUUAAUUAAAAUCUUUUUAAUUUGACAGUACUCCAACAAAUUUAUUUUAAUGAACUAGAAAACUUUAAUACACUCAUUUGAAUGCUGCGUCAAAAAAUGCGGCUGACAGUAUACGGGAUUGCGUUCCGUUUUAAAUAGUAACCAGUAUAACUAACUAUAAAGGAACGGAUUCACAGUAUACUAAAUUGACGUCACACUCUACAGUGGUCGCAGAGCAUAUCAGAACAUACCCUAAGACGGAUAUUACUUUCCGUUUCCGGAGUCUGUAUUAUAUGUAUGGUAAAAAUUACAUACCUUUUAAAAGUAAUUUAUUUAAAUGUUCUGUAUUUUUAUCAGUUCGGCAUCCCCAUUUUAUUUAAUUGAGACAUUAAGUAUUCUUCUGGUAUUAUGUGAUGUAAAAUGGACAAUUCGCCGGGCUGUGCCCAUCAAUAGUUUUAUAAAAUGUAUAUUAUAUUAUAAGAUGAUGACAGUAAUGUUAGUAUAAAUUAAUUUCAUUACAAUUAUAAGUAAAUAAUUAUAUUAGAUUUAUAGUGAAAUUUUAUAAGUACAUAAUAUUAAGGAUUGUUACUAAGUCUUCAUAAUAUUGGGCUGUACACUCUGUACGACUUAUCUGUGAAUGUAGCGCUGUCUGUCACUCUUAUGUAUUUUACUUUAAUUAAUUUUUUAAGAAUAUAUUUUGACAAUUUUGUUUGAAAAUGUAGGUAAAUUGUAUCAAAUAAAUAUUAUAAACAUUUAA